CUGCAACGAAUCCUGAAUAUCGUGAGUACUUGGCAGUUAAUUUGCUGAUUCUCAUCGUUAUUGCGAGCCACACUUAUUAGUUUUCUGACAUUAUAACAUUGAGGUAAAGCAAAUUGGCCAGGUCACAAUUGUCAGUUAAUACACGACGACUUUUAUUUGUUCGAUGUCAAGAUCAACUACAUUCCGCGAACAAGAUGAUAAUACACAAACAGUCACCGAAGAGAGUCCCGAAGAAGAAUUUGCAACAUUCAUCCACAGCAUAUACAACUAUGGACUGGGUUUUAUAGCUCUAACUGUCUUGCUGUGGGUUCUCAUCUCAGUGGCGACCAUCGAUAUGCCCAGACUCCUGCCAGUACCGCCCUACGUUCUUAUCAUAGUCAUUUUUAUCAUAAUGGUAGUGCUAAACUGCAUACCGAAAGCCGCCUACUGUACGCCCUGCAAUUGGAUAUUGGCCACCAUUGUGGUAGUAUGUACGAUUUUAGCUGGCGGUUGCCUAGUCUACUCCUUCAGUCUGCUAACUGUGGUGCUGAUGGUGGUGCUGGCUACAGUCGUGGUGUUGAUAUUGAAUUUCUCCGGGGCCAAGUGCCCGCAGCAGCUUCUGCCGGGCGGAAUCUGCUCCACUUCUCUGAUGAUGGUUCUCCUGGUAUUCCUCGUUGUCAUUGGUAUCAUUCAAGUAUCUACGGGCAGCCGGCUUGCUCUCCAUAUAUUCAUGAUCACGCUGUUUGUCAUGCUCAUUGUGGCCAUUCCCAUUCAGGCGCAAUUCAAUCAUGGGCGGAUGAUCAUUGUCGAGAGGUAGACUCUACAGAGUGAAUAUUACAGACAUCAUUCAUAUCCAAGUGUGACCUAAUACGAUAUCCUUUAGUUCCGAGAUUUUUUCCCUUUUAACUCCUGAGAGUUUGCUGUAUAUACCGAAUAUAUCUACCGAAUUUA